CGGAGCUGUCCAGCACUUCAGCAGGGGCCGCGCCGGGGCCGCGCCGGAGGGGCCGCGACCGCCGCGCCCCCCCGAGCCCACCGCCACCCCCGGCACCCCCGGCACCCCCCGGCGCCGACAGGGACCCCCCUCCUGGGGCCGGACUCAGCGGGGCGGCGGGGCGAGGUGAUCAUGGCUCUCUACAACAAUGGGGCCGAUGUGCCUUCGCCCCAGGAAGCCUCCAAUGGCUUCUCCCAGCCCGGCGCCUCAGGAACGUGGCACAAGGGUGAGGAGGAGGUGCGGCUGGUGGAGCCCAGCAUGGUGAAGAAGGCUCACCGGGAAAUCCUGGACCACGAGCGCAAGCGGCGGGUGGAGCUGAAGUGCAUGGAGCUGCAGGAGAUGAUGGAGGAGCAGGGGUACUCCGAAGAGGAGAUCCGGCAGAAAGUGGGGACCUUUCGGCAAAUGCUGAUGGAGAAGGAAGGUGUGCUCACCAGGGAGGACCAGCAUGGGCGCCAAAUCGUGAUAGAAAACCACCACGGGGCGGACGGGGAGGAGUACGCGGUGGAGUAUCCCGACUACGGCGAGGGCUGCCUGCUGCAGUGCGACUGCUCGGCCGAGUGCUACCGCGAGGACAGCGGCCACCGCGAGUACAGGCUGAAAAGGCGCUCGAGUAGCUCUACUUCUCCUCCCCCCAAGAAGAAAAAGAAGAAGAAAUCAGGUCACCGCCGGAGCCGCAAAAAGAGGAAACCUGGCUCGGAGCGCAGCUGUGACAGCUCUUCACCCAUCCGCAAGGAAAAGAAAAAGAAGACUGGAAAGAAACACAGACGUGACAGAUCUGAGUCAGGGUCACGGAAGAAGAGAAGACACAGGUCCCGAAGCCCCAAGAACAAACGGAAAGAGAAAAACAAAGAGCGCAAGAGGUCCCGCAGCGAGUCCCCGGCCUGGCGCUCGCACCGGCGCAGCUCCUGCAGCUCCCACAGCGCCUCCCUCUCCUCCGACGACAGCGGUUCCAAAUCCCCCGGCAGGCUGAGCCCCAAGCGCCGGCAGGAUGGUCCCAAAGGCAGCAGCGCUCGCUCCAGCCGCAGCCCGUCCUCGCCCUCGCCCCAGCGCUCGGCCUCGCCGCACCAGAACGGGCACAAGGGCAGCGCCCAGAACGGCCGCCACAGCCACGGCGCCCCGCUCCCGGAGCCCUCGGAUAGGCCGGCCUCGGCGUCCCCCUCUCCGCGGGCUCACGGCAGGACGGAGCCGCUUUCCCCCCGCGCCCGGGGGGGCCGACACGGUGCCCGCAGCCCCCGGUCGCCCACGCCGGAGCGGGGCAAGCACGGCCACCGGCAUCGCUCCCGCAGUGCCUCGCCGCCCUCCCGACACCGCGGCCAGAGCAAGGGGCGGCCCCCGGCCCCCCGGGAGCCCCCGCCGGCUCCUCUCAGCCCGCCCGGCUACAGCAGUGACUCGGAGGGCUCGGCGGGAUCACAGCCCUACCACCCGCCGGCCGGCCCCGACAGGAACCACGGCGCACACGGGAAGAAGGUGAAGGAGAGGCACCACCGGGGCCGGCCCAACAGCAGCUCGGAGUCGUCGGCCAAGCACUCCCGGCACACGUCGGAGCGCAGGAAGAGCCCCUCGCCCAGCCCGGGCCAGCGCAGCAGCUCCUGGAGCUCCAGUGGCUCUCUCUCCAAAUCCCGCUCCCGCUCCCGGGAGAAGAGAGCAGGACGCAGCCGCUCCCGAUCACCCUCGCCGAAAAAACCCGCCAGCAGAGAGAAGGACAACGAGCCCCGAACACGUCACGGUGAUCCCGAUCCCACCCGCGCCCGGCGCCGCUCCAGGAGCUACUCCCCAAUCAGGAAGAGGAGACGUGACUCCCCCAGCUUCAUGGAGCCCAGGAGGAUCACGAGUGCUCGCAAGCGUCCCAUCCCCUACUACCGGCCCAGCCCCUCGUCCUCCAGCUCGCUGAGCACCUACUCGUACAGCCGGAGCCGCAGCCGCAGCUACGACAGCUACAGCUCCAGCCGCAGCCGCAGCCGGACUCGCAGCCCCCCCAGCCGCUCCCGCAGCCCCAGCCGCAGCCCCAGCUACAACAGCCGCAGCAGCUCGGAGAGCGCCGGCUUCUGAGCCCCCCCGGCACCCCAGCUCUGCCCCCUCCAUGCCUCCUGCGCCCCCAGAAGGGACGGGACCACCGGGGAGGUGGAAAAGAGCCGGGGGAUGCUAAGGACAGACCUUGGCGGCGGGGGAAAGCGCCGACGGAAACUGGAAGGGGUCCUUGCGUCGCCCAUGGAAGGGGCGGUUCCCUCCCCGCUCCGGGGUGUUUUGGGGGUCGGGAUGGGGAAGGGGAGGAUGUCUUCUUAUUUCUGCGAGUGCCGGGGCGGGGUCGGGUGGGGUGGGCGAACACAGAGCGAGGGAACAAACUCUCAGCAGAGACUUUGGGGCGAGUGGGUAGGGGUGGCUCGGGGCCUCCCGGGACCCCUCCCUGUGCUUUUUUGGGUUGGUUUGACUGUUUUUUAGCACAAGAAUAUCCCGGGGAGGAGGGUGGGGGGGCGUGGCAGGCUCAGCUGGAAGGUGUAAUGCCAACCAGAGGUGAGCCCCUGCUUUUCCCCAUUGGAAGUGUCCCCACAGUGUCCUGGGGGCACCGUAAAACACUUUGGGGUUCCCCCAGACCUGAGAACAUGCCGAGCCAUGGAUGAACAAA